CUUUACAUGAGUGAUCUGCCACCAAGGCUUGAUUUUUUCAUGCAACAUGAACUCCUGUUUGGUCCGACCAGAUAAUUUUUCAAUCCUAAUCUAGAUACUAGCAAAGGCAUACUGGUAGAAAUCAACGAUUUAAAGGCAACAGAAAACACCAAGUCAUGAUCUUAUACUCUAUGCUUUCAACUUCAUCACGAAUCAUGUUUGAAAUCACGAUUAUUCUUAACUUUUCUAAUCACAACCUGGGGAACAAAUUACUCUCGAUGCCAGAAUGAAUUUCAUCUCUGUUAUCUGCCAGAUGAUUCCUAAGAUAAAAUGAACCAAUCGUAACUUGAAGUAGCGCACCGAGUGGAGUUGUGAUGAUAAAUUAUCCAAUUACUGAUGGCCAUAAACAAUCGAUUAAUUAAGGAUCAACAAAUGACCAUUAUGACCAAUGAAUACAGGGUACCAGAUGAUAGACAAUGGUCUAAAGUUGAUCUUAUAACAAUCAGUAUAUUCUCAUAAGGGCAUCAAUCACAUUAUCAACAUUGCCAUUGUCGUUUAUUUAGACCAUGACUAAAUAUACGACAAAAUGCCCGUAAAAUAGCCAAAUUGUUUUUCUCUGUUCCUGUUUUUUUAAAAAAAUAAUGUAAAAUAUUAAUAGUUUUAGAUUAAUUUUAUGAUCAUUAGAUUUUUACUAAUGGUUAUGAAAAGAAAGUAAACUCAAGUCGUUAAUUCGUAUUAAUAUCACGGAAAGAAAAAGUAGAGCAUAAUGAAAUGUUCAAGUGUUAAACUUUUAAAUUAAUUAAUCGAAAAGAGUGUUUUUAUUUUGACUUUCCUUACAAUUAUGUCACCAAUUGCCCAUCAUAUUGUUAAAAAAUUAUAUUUAAUGUUCUGUGAACAGUAAAAAAAGUGAUCCAAAGUAAUCAUACAAUUGUCUUGUUUAUAAAUUGAUUUGAUAGACAAAAAGAAGGAAGUUUUCACCAAAGCUCGGUUUUUUCACCAAUUCAUAGUGUUAACAAUUUCCUUGUGGUUCCAAAGGAAGGAGAAGCCAAGAAUGGAUGAUCAAGAAGGAUAAAAAUCUAAAGGGCAAAGCUGUUGGAAGAGGAUAAAUGAUGAAAAGAAGGAGAAGCUGAUAAAAGGAAUAAACUACAUCCGAUUUCCAUUGUGUCUCCUGUUGAAUUGCUUAGCCAUUUUAAAGCAAGAAAUUAAAGAAGUGUUGACUCUGGUAAUAAUCUGGAAAUUAAGGGAAUCACUGAUCUGUAUCGUACUCGCCUCAAUUCAGUCUCAAUCAACGUCCUUCAGUAAUCGUCAUCAUCAAUAAUCUAGGUACUGCUAAAUUUAACCACUAAAGCCACCAAUGAUGAGCACAGAAGACAGCUUUGAUUGGAGUUGGAAAUAAUUAUUGACGAAGCCGGCAAUGACAACCGAAUGAAUAUUAUAUUCAAUUGGAGGAGGAGUAGAUGAAGAGGAGGACGGUAUUGAUGGUGAUGAUGAUGGAAGCGAUGAAAAUGAUGAACUGAAAUAGAGGCUAGUUGAAAUUGGUUCAUCAUAAAAAUUUAAUGUUAUAAAGAAAUGUUGGUUAACUUCAAUUACGUGCCACUCUUGCAGCCAAUCCACUCGUCAAGUUAAUCUUACUGUUUUGUAUCUUUGCUUCAACUAAUUAAUUUACUUUUGAUUGCCAACACCAUGGAUUUUAAUUGAUUUAAUUGGCUCAUUUCGCUCUACAUUCAUUUGCCAUUUGUUAAACUUUACAAGUCAACGGGAUCAACACCAAUUUUCAUCUUUUUUCACUGUAUUUCCACUUUUCUCAAUUCAUUACCGGUUGAUCAUUCCUUUUCUUAAUUGUAUCCAUUUUGAUUAAAUGCUGAAAAUAUGAAACUUCCUGACAUUGUGCGUUCACCUCGAUUCAUACUGGUCUGGUUAAUUCCAAUCCUUUUUUCGCCUCUUCUCUGUUGUAACCAUGAUCCUGUUAAUCGAGGAGCUUUUGUUUUGCUCGUUAUGGGGGCUUAUUGGAUAACAGAAGCCAUUCCGUUGGCGAUAACAGCACUGAUGCCAUUGGUUUUGUUUCCAUUAUUCGGAAUACUCAGUACAGAACAAGCUUGCCAAGCUUUUAUGAAUCAAACCUUAAUGAUAUUUAUUGCCUCCUUGAUGGCUGCUGUUGCAGUGGAAAGUUCAAAUCUUCAUAAUAGAAUCUCAAUCAAGGUAUUACUCUUAUUUGGAACCUCACCUAAAUGGCUUCUCCUGGGCUUCAUGUUGAAUACAAUGUUCCUUUCCAUGUGGAUCAGUAAUACAGCAACAACAGCUUUAAUGAUUCCCAUUGUAGAUGCUGUUCUGGUUCAGCUUCGCCAUCGCACUCCUGCAAAUUCAGAUUCUGGUAAUCGUAAAGUUAGCAUAAUAUCAAACUUGGACUUGCAUCCCACUAAUGAGUCCCGUAAAAGAUCUGGCUCCUCUUUGGUAGCUACAGAAGAUCCUGAAAUCGAUGCUAAAUCAUUUUAUAUUUUACGAAAAUCACUUUUCCUGGGAAUAUGUUAUGCGGCAAACAUUGGUGGUAUCGGUACUUUAACUGGUACUGGACCCAACUUGAUACUUUAUGCUCUUCUGUCUAAUAAGAAGGAAAUGCGAGGGAUUCAUAAUGAGAUUACAUUUUCAAGUUGGAUGACAUUCAAUGUACCGUCUAUGCUUCUCUGUGGAUUCAUUGCUUGGCUUUUCAUUGUUCUUGUUUACAUACGAAAAGCUGUAAAUAAAGAUGAAAAUAAGGAAAGGGAUAAGGUGAUAAGAUCAAUGAUCCAAAAGAAGAACGAGUUAAUGGGUGAUGUAACGUUCCAUGAAUGGUCUGUUUUAAUCUUAUUUGUUAGCAUGAUACUCUUAUGGUUCUUCCGUAAUCCUUCAUUUACCCGGGGUUGGUCUCCAUUGCUUAUUAACCGAAAUGAAGGUGAUUACAUUGGUGAUGCUAGUCCAGCUUUUUUCAUUGUCAUCUUACUGUUUAUGAUUCCAUCAAAUCCAAAAAAUCCAACUCAAUCUCGACCUUUAUUGGAAUGGAACGCUAUUCAAGAAAAGCUUCCUUGGAAUAUCGUUAUACUCGUUGGAGGUGCAUUUGUUCUGGCUAAAGGAACUCAGGCAUCAGGAUUAUCCGAUUGGUUUAGUCAACAACUUGCUCGAAUGCAAGUUUUAUCUCCUUCAAUACUACUCUUGAUCAUAUGUAUUAUUGCUCUAUCCUUAACUGAGAUAACUUCAAAUUCAGCCACGGCAACAGUUAUAUUGCCUUCGAUCAAAAACAUGGCUCUUAAACUCGGUUUUAGUCCACUUUUCUUCAUGUUACCAGUUACGGUUUGCUGUAGUUUCGCAUUCAUGUUGCCUAUUGGUUCGGCCACUAACGCAAUUGUCUUUGAAGCUGGUGAACUUAAAUCAAUGGACAUGAUAAAACCAGGAAUCUUUAUGAAAGUGGCUUGUCUUGUGGUGAUUCUUGUCAUGAUCAAUACUUGGGGAUUUUAUGUUUUCAAUUUCAACGACUUAUCUUCAGUCAACAACUCAACAGGUUCUACCUUAUUUAAUAUGGCCAAUUCUUUAAAACACAAUGGAUCACUAUUUUUGAACUAACAAAUUUUACUAACAAAAUUUAAGAAUAUAUAAAAUUUAAGUUCACUAAAACAAUAAAAAAUUUAUUGAAUCCUUUAA